AUGCAUACGCGCGGCAGACAGGAACGCUAUCGCAUCCCUUCUGAUCAACUGGUGAAUUUCUCACGUUACGUUGUGCGACAGGAGAUUCCGGCGAGGAGCGAAUGUGUGACUCCUGCGCCUUCUUUUCGGCCAGCGCAGCGCAAUCUGCGCUGCUACAUCGCUGACGUUGGGUUACCGCCGGAGGAGCUACCGAUAUCACGUCCCAAAUUGACCGUUGACUGGAGCAUGGUCGAUUUGGUCGACCUUAUGGUUGAUGAAGAUAACCCGGUAACUUGUCCCAUAUGCCUCGACGAAUCGCUAAUUGCUCCUCGUGUGGCCCGUUGUGGACAUGCGUUUUGUUGGCUGUGCAUUUUGAAAUACCUAAACUUCAAUAAAACUGCUGACAAGAAGCCAUGUCCGCUUUGCCAGCAAUCGUUGAACCGGGUGGACUUGAAACCUGUUCGCUUCCAGGUGAAACAGAAGCCCACAGUGCUCACUUUUGCGCUACUUACGCAAGAGGAGAAUGCAUGUACUGCCGUGCUACACCCAGACAUUUGCGAAAUGCUGUGUGGCACCCGUGUGUUGCGUCCUGUCAACCAAAUCGCAUCGUCGGACUCGCUCGACAUUCAGUUUUGGGACGUUGCCUACACCGACCAAAUGAAGUUGCGUGAACUUUUGAAGAACGACUUCUUGGCCCUGGAAAAUCUCGCGCUAAAUACUCAGGAAAGCGACGGCGCGACACAUGAUGCCAUAGUGGAGGCCCUCUCCCACCUUAACAGUCAUGGGAUCAGCGUUGCUAACACUGAUAUGCCCUCUUUUACGAACGAUGCGGACAACGUGAAAGAGGCGGUUUCGCACCUGCGUAACGUGGCAGAUUCGUACGUAUAUGCUUCGUGCAGCGAAUCCGACCCUAACCUGGAAGGUGACGGUCGUACGAAGCACUACUGCUUUUACCAGUCGGUUGACGGUUGCAAGGUUCUGCUGCAUCCCAUGCUGCUGAAGUGCCUGUGGCAUUGUUGCGGUCAAAGAGUGAACCGUUUACCGCUGUUCCUUGCGAAUCUGCCCGUGUUGGGUCUUGAGGAGAUCGUUGUAUCAGGCAUGAUGCGCCGGCGUUACAAUUGGUUGAGCCACUUUCGCAUGGGUUGCAAGGUGUAUUUGGCGCAUGUUCCACUUGAGAGCUAUGUGCCUCCACCAAAACUAGCUGAGUUCAUGCGCCAGCGUCAGAUCGCAAUGGAUAUGAAGAUGUCCAAAAAGCUGCAGUCGCAGGAGGACACGUAG